CCCAUAGGAUUGGAUGGCGUUUCCAUUAUCUUUUGGUUUUCAUGCUGUCAGAACAGAACUGCUAACGCUAUCCUUCUACACUACUACGCAAAAACUUCAUGCUUGGGAAAAGAAUACUGAAUAAAUGAAGACUAUCGUUAUUCUAUUAGGGACAUUAUGUCAUUCACAACUAACAUAAUCAAGUCCUCACAUCAUGGUGGUUAGCUAGCGUUAGCUGCGAAGCUAGGUUACUUGGACAAUCCUUUCAACUUGCUUGCUGACAGGUUAGCUUACGAUAGCUAACGUCGCUAUGUGAACUAAGUAAGCCAGGAAAGUGGCGAUAAAGAAACUCCCUGCAACUCUCUGGUUGGUGGACAUUUUGAGUUAACAUGUUUAAAUGCAACUUUAUUUGCUGGCGGUGGCGCGGAGUGUUCGUUGGUUGUUCUGGAUGUUACUAGGAGAUAAUUUGCCAUUACAUUGUAGUGGUGUUACGUUACUUGGCUAACGUUUGCUACAGAAGUUGCUAGCUAGCCAGGUCGCUAAACUCGACUGAACGUGAUUGACAACACUUUUCUACAGCUAUUCAUAUGGUGUCGUAACCAAACCACAAGCUAUUGUACAUAUUAUCUUCAACCUAUUCUCGUAGGCUACAUGUCUGGCUCAUGGAGCUAUUACAACUGUGUCUGUGUGAUGAACACUCAUAGUCAUAAAGCCUGAACGGCACGCCGCUGAAACAACGUAACAUUGUGAAUAUGAAAGCGAGGGAACGGAGACACAAACAUGACGGCAUAAAUCCGUUACCAGCAAAUGUUUGUCAAUUUGACUUGACAGGUGUUGCAGGUCGCUCUCAUGUGCCCAUGGAGAAGGCAGCCUUCGAGGGGUGGCUGGAGUCAGCCUCUGCCACUUUCCUUACUCUAAACGACCAGCAGCGCAACCAGUCUCUGGACCACCUCAUUUCUUUAAGCGGUGCCGUCCAGCUCCGUCAUCUGUCUAAUGGACUGGAGACACUGCUUAAGCGGGACUUCCUGCGCCUCCUUCCCCUGGAGCUGGCCUUCUACCUGAUCCACUGGCUGGAUCCUGAGACCCUGCUCAUCUGCUGCCGGGUCUGCAAACAGUGGAAUAAGCUGAUCAACUCGUGCACGGAGGUGUGGCAGGGCGUGUGUCAGGAUCUGGGCUGGAGGAUCGAUGAGUCCAUUCAGGACGCGCCACACUGGAAGGCGGUCUACCUGAAGGCCAAACUGCGUAUGGUGCAGCUGCAGGAUCAGGAGGCCUUCGAGACGUCGUCCCUCAUUGGCCACAGCGCUCGGGUAUACGCCCUCUACUACAAGGACGGCCUCCUCUGCACAGGAUCCGACGACCUCUCUGCCAAGCUAUGGGACGUGCGCACCGGGCAGUGCAUUUAUGGAAUUCAGACGCACACCUGCGCUGCGGUGAAAUUCGAUGAACAGAAGCUGGUGACCGGGUCCUUUGACAACACUAUUGCAUGCUGGGAGUGGAGCACGGGAGCUAAAAUCCAGCAGUUCCGUGGCCACACAGGAGCAGUCUUCAGUGUGGACUACAAUGACGAGCUGGACGUGCUGGUCAGCGGCUCUGCAGACUUCACAGUGAAGGUCUGGGCUUUGUCCGCCGGCGCCUGUCUCAACACUCUGACCGGACACACGGAGUGGGUCACCAAGGUGCUAGUCCAGAAGAGCGAGGUGGAGUCGAUGGUGCACAGUCCCGGGGAUCACAUCCUCCUCAGUGCUGAUAAGUAUGAAAUCAAGGUCUGGCCUCUGGGCAGAGAGAUCAACUGCACGUGCUUGAAGACGCUGUCGGUGUCAGAGGACCGCAGCAUCGGCCUGCAGCCUCGCCUGCAGUUCGACGGGCGCCACAUCGUCUGCAGCUCCGACCUCGGGGUCUACCAGUGGGACUUUGCCAGUUUUGAGGUUCUCAGGGUGAUCAAGACGCAGGACCCAGCUAACCUGUCCCUGCUCAGCUUCGGCGAGGUGUUCGCGCUCCUUUUCGACAACCACUUCCUGUACGUGAUGGACCUGAGGACGGAGGCCAUCUCUGGUCGCUGGCCUCUGCCGGCCUACAGGAAAUCCAAACGGGGAUCCAGCUUCCUGGCCGGCGUGACAUCCUGGCUCAACGGACUGGACGGGGACAAUGACUCUGGACUGGUGUUUGCCACCAGCAUGCCCGACCAUAGCAUUCACUUAGUACUGUGGAAGGAGAACGGAUAGACGCACGCCGGGGGUCCCCCAGACUGUCAGAACACGAGCCGCCACCACGUGCGCUCUGGAACACGAACCGUAACAGCCAACGUGGGUCACGCAUGGACCAAAGCGUUUAGUUUCCAUCCGUUUUCUUCCUCAGCAUCCUCCUCGAAACACAGACAUCCACACAUGGACAUGGAAGAAACCUCAGACAGGCGCUCCAAAAAUAUGCGACGACUGAAAUAAAAAUGGGCAACGACGAAAAAAAAGUUUUGCAAUAAACACGAUAAAAAUUCUCCUGAUUUCAACGUGGACGUGUAAAUCUCUUUGGCGGAUAUGCUCUUUGAUCUGUUCGGCAGUGAGGAUAGUCGUAGCUGACCUUUAAUCCAUAGUCGAGUAAUCGGGUGACGCUAGCACGUCCAACACCGCAAGGGUUCAUGUAAUUCACUGAAUACGCUUUUCUGAGGGUUGACGUGUCGGCGUGAGAAAUGUGAUGUGCCUUUUCAGUUCAUUCGAUGUUCCAGACUAGAACUCCGGCUCCCGGCAAUGGCCGCACUGUAAAUCUUAUCUUAUUUUUUUGUUCUUCAUAUUUAACAGUCUAAGAUGUGUCAUUUUAUAGUUAUCUAGCUGACACGACUUGCUUUUACAAAUCCUUGACUGUGUAAAACAUCAAGUUUAUUUUUCUAAUGCAUUGCACAGCAGAGGAAGUGAACUUGGCGAGCAGUUGGUUUCUGCGCAAAUAAAUUCCCAUUUUUUUAA